GAGAGGAGCGCCGCGGAGUUGGCACCACUGCGGAGUGUAAACAGUAAACAGCUGCUGCUUCACGCCCCCAGUCUCUGCCACCUGUCACGGCCCCCUGUUGCCCCUGCCAUGACGUCCACGCCCUGCCUCGUCAUCCUCUCCACCCCAGGGAAGGACGGGCGGGACAUCGUGAAAGGUAUUUUGGACAAAGAAUGCCUGCCAGAGCCAAGCACAGUGGCAGAGGGUGUGGAGUGUUGGGAGUGGUGGGUGGAGAACAAGUACUACACAGCCACUGUCCAGCUGGCCAACAUCUUGCAGCCUGAGCAGUGCUUGCCAUGGAUCAUGGAGCACGGGGAGGCUUGUCUCAUUUAUUGUGAUGCCACACAGAAUGACGUUUUGGAGAGAAUUAAUAAUUUAGUCGAAAAAAUUGGAGACUUUGAACCAGAUGUGCAGCUGCUGGUGUGUGACUCUCUGGGUGAUGAUGACAACACCGCCGCCCUCUCGGCCCUCACAGGUCAGCAGUGGUGUAUCAGCAAUGGGUGGGAGUUGGUGGAGCUGCAACCACACGAACCCCAGCCUGACCCAGAGGAGGAUGACUUCCGUGAGUCGUGGGGGUUCAAGCGGAUCUCCCAGGCCCUGCACGCUUGUACCUGGUCCAACUUAGACAUGAAAGACAACCAGGGAAACAUGCUGAGUGCCGUCCUGCAGUCAGUAUCAUCACAGGAGGAACGAAGUAACAGCAGCCCACAUGAAACAGAGGAAGUCAUUUACACUCAGCUCAAUGAUCUCAACCUGGGGGAAGAAGAUGCUCCAGAUAUUCAAGGCCAAGGUUUAGAUGUUCUGGACCCGUCUCUGCUUCAAGACUGCACGAGUGGAGAUGACAGUACCUUUGAAAACUUAUUCUCUAGCUUUGAACACCUGAAGAAGACAGCAGCCUCCCUCCCACCAACACAGCGUAGGGACUAUGCUGAGAAGGUGGCUGUGGCUUUCUGGAGAGCCAUGGGAGGAGACGAGGAAGAGGUGGAUGGGUUAGAUUCGGACUGAUGUGGGUACUGGUAUUAAGAUGUGUUUAUUGUUAUGAAUGUGUUGGUGAACCUUAAACCUAGAAGCUCUAAAUGUUGUUUUCAUUUAGCAAUAUUAAAAAGUGAAAAGUG